GUUUUCUUAAAUAAGUAUAAGAACCCCAAGGAUAAAAGUCAUGAAAGGAAACCAAUUCGAAAUUGAUUAUCUUGUCCAUUGAGAAAAAUAAAAAAUUACUCAAUCGGGGGAGUCAGCAACAGUCAACGUCCGCAGAACUCACAAGUUUUGCAUUCGUCCAAAUAGGCCAAAUUUUGGUGGGACCCAAUAUAGACUACUCCUAAAUAAAUGAGAUCCAGCCCGCCCAUUUCGCUUCGCUUCCAAGCAUCUCGCUAUCCGACUGCUUUCUGUCAUCCCGAUAACAUGGGAAGCACCGCUCGACCCGACCCAUCCAUAGACUCCCUGCUCGACGCCGCCAAACACCAUCUCUCUCACCGGAGUUUUGAAGAAUGCCGUAGUUACGCUUCCAAAGCCCUAGACGCCAGCCCCAAUCACCCUGCCCCGGCCCAGCUUCUCGCCAUUUCUUCCGUUCUUUCCGUUUGUUCGCCACCGCCGUCAGCGGCCCCAACCGAAUCACCGCCUGACUGGUACGCCGUUCUCGGCCUUCCCCGCUUCAGUCAAGACCUGAAGUUUACUCGGGCCCGGUUCGAACUCCUGUACGGCCUCGUAGACCCUGAGAAAAACCCUUACCCGUUUGCCGCCGAAGCCCGCGGGUGGGUUCUCAAAGCCGGGGCUGCGUUGGCCGACCCGGAUUUGAAAUCCCAGUUUGACCAGGAUUUAAGAACCAGGAAAAGGGAUGCUGGGAAGGUUGCCGGCGGUACAUUUUGGACCGUCUGUCCUUACUGUUACUUCAUGUACGAGUACGAGAGUGUCUUUCUGGAUUGUGCUUUGAGGUGUUACAACCCGAAUUGCAAAAGGCCUUUUUCUGCGGCGGCCGUUGCUGCCGCCGCGGCGCCGCGGCCGGAUGUGGUGGCAAAGGGGAAGUAUGUUUGUGGAGGGUUUAUUCCGCUGGGAACUAACAAUGCGGGAGAUGGUGGAGAUGAAGAAUGGAAUUGGUGGGAAGCGUUUGUCACGUUGGGUUCGGGUUCGGGUACGGUUAAUGAAUCAAGACAAGAUGAUGGGCAGAAAAGCAAGACUGAAAACCCAAGUGGCGGUGUUGACCUUACUGAGGAUGGUGGUAAAAAGGCAGGAGAGGAAAUUAAGAAAAAGGGUAAUGAUGUUAAGUCAACGGUUUGGAGGAAGAAGCAGGCGGCUACCGGGAAGAAGAAAGUGAUGGGAAAAGGGAUUAGGGCCAAGUGGAAUUCCAGUCCAUUAGCAGGGGAAGAAUGUGGGGGUGAAGGAAUGAUAUUUUACAGAAAUUAGAACAAGCAGAGAGGGAUCUGGUGGGUUGGAGUUCUCUGCCCCUGCAGGAGAGACAUUUUUGUGUCUUUGAAUACUGAUCCGGGCUUUGGAGCAUUAACAACUGAGUGAUGGGAUCUUCAACUUCUGGUCAUGGUUUCCUGGAAAAAACAAUGCUUGGAUUAACACUUGAACUGUUUGGUAAUAUAGUAAAUGGUGGCUGGAACUUUAUGUAGAGAUUAAAAAUGAGUAGCUGAAUUAACCCAUUUAGUAGUAGUUUAAAAGUCUAAGAGAAAGACGAUCCUAAUUCUACCUUUUUGUUUGUUACUGAAGCUCAGGAAAGAUGUGGUGAUGCUUCGAGGUAGGAGAAAGUGAAGAAAGUUGAAUCAUUUGUGAAUUAUAUUGGUUGAUCCUUGGUUAAUUUGUCAGCGGUUUGCUGCUUCAAGAGAUGAGUAUCAAGGGCAGGCAUCUAUUUCCCUUGUAUGAAGUUGGUAAUUUGUACGUAUUCUUUGUUGAUGCCUCCUAAUUAAAUUGGCAUCCUUUUUGAGUGAAAUGUGCUUGUUUGAUGCUGGUUCUGGGGCUUUUUUUUGUUGUACAUCUAAGACCAUGAUUUGGUUGUUUGUCUAAGUCUUCCGUUGGCAAAAUGAGCCAAGACGAUGAAAUAGAUAGAGGGAGUAUGAUGAAGUAGCAAACUAUUGCGCCUUUUGGAUAAUUGCUGGACCAUUUCCCGUGGCAUAAAACCUUUUUCCGGAUAAAAUGUUGAAAAGAGCAGAAGACAGUAGUAGCUUGUGUUGCAGACUUGCUGUAGAUGAUGAUGAUUAUGAUAAUUUGGGUGGUGAAGAAUUGGUUGUUUAAUGGGCUGUUAAAAAUAGUCAUGUUAUUGGCCCAAAUUUUGCAUUGGUUCUCUGACACUAUGCCUUGCCCA